CUCCCAACUCCUGCCCACCCCACCCACGCCUCUCCACGCCGGAGAAGGGUCUUAUGGAACGUCAAUCCUGGUCGGGACUGGGCGAUAGCGCGUACAAUGCAAAUGCUCCUAUCCCCGGCCGUGUGGUAGCCGCCGCCUCCCCCUCCACCUCCGCCAACACCACCCCUCAACGCGACAUCCCCUCCGCCGCAUCCACCGCCUCCUCCUCCCACGCCGCGCCCGCACCCUACGAACAGUACAGCACGCCGUCCAUUGCCUCCCGCGCCGCCUCGCUCGCCAUCUCCUCGCCGCCUGCGCCCGAGCAGCGCGCGAGGAACAUGGACUACAGUGCCGACCUCGACGUGCCCAUGGAAGAUGCGGACCCCUUCAACAGGCAGAAGUACGCCAGAGCCCCCACCAACUCUUCCAACCGCCUGUCACAAUACAUCCCCGCCGACCAGCUCGACGUGACCUCCAAGGCUGCUGCGCGCUACUCUCCCAUGGAUGCCUCGCCCACCUCGCCCUUCCUCUCCCAACCCCCGCAGCAUCCCAACCCGUAUGCUUCCUACACUCCACAACAGCAGCAACCGCAACAGCAGCAGCUACAACAACAGCAACAGCAACUACCUCCGCGACAUUCGCCGAAUCGACACAAUCCAUACACCUCUCCUCCACAGCAGCAACGCUACUAUGCCUCGCCUGCUUCCUCCGCCCGCGCGCAACCCUCUCAGCUCCCGCCCAUCCAAUCUGGCCUGUCUCCGCCAAACAACUACUAUCCACAAUCCGCAACUCAACAGCUGAACGCCAUGUUUGGCAACGAGUCGCAGUCCCCCAGCACCGCCUACUCCAGCCGCAUGCCCGCUCCCCGGGCCGGUGUGCCGCAGUUGAGCCUGAUCAACGAUCCAGCCGUGCUGGAAGCUCGCAUCAACUCCCAGCCCCCCUUUCGAAGAGCAAAUCCGGAAGGAGGCUUCAUCAGUCCGCUGCAGGCCCUGACCACACACCUGCCCGCCACUUAUCGAAUAUGCAACCCCACCUUCCAAUAUGAAUCGUCGCGGAAUCCUCGCAGAGUGCUCACCAAGCCCAGCAAAGGGGUGAAGAACGAUGGGUACGAUAACGAGGACAGCGACUACAUCCUCUACGUCAACGACAUCCUCGGGUCGGAAGAGACGAAUCACAAGAAUCGUUACCUCAUCCUCGAUGUACUGGGGCAGGGCACGUUUGGGCAAGUGGUCAAGUGCCAGAACCUGAAGACGCAAGAGGUCGUGGCGGUCAAGGUCGUCAAGAACAAGACUGCGUACUUCAAUCAGAGUAUGAUGGAGGUGUCGGUACUGGACCUGCUCAACGGCCGUAUGGACAAGAAUGAUGACCAUCACAUCCUGCGGCUCAAAGACACCUUUAUCCACCGGCAACAUCUCUGUCUGGUAUUCGAAUUGCUAUCGGUGAACUUGUACGAGCUGAUCAAGCAAAAUCAGUUCCGCGGACUGAGCACCACCCUUGUUCGAGUCUUUGCGCAGCAGUUGUUGAACGGGCUCUGUUUAUUGAGCAAAGCGAAGCUGAUCCACUGUGAUUUGAAGCCCGAGAACAUCUUGUUGAAGAACCUCGAAAGUCCAAUCAUCAAGAUCAUCGACUUCGGGUCGGCUUGCGAUGAACGGCAGACAGUCUAUACGUACAUCCAGUCACGCUUCUACCGAUCGCCCGAGGUUCUGCUGGGCCUGCCGUAUUCCGCCGCCAUCGAUAUGUGGUCGCUCGGAUGCAUCGUGGUAGAGCUGUUCCUCGGCCUCCCGCUUUUCCCGGGCUCGUCGGAGUACAAUCAGGUGUCGCGAAUCACAGAAAUGCUCGGCUUGCCGCCCAACUGGAUGCUCGAGGUCGGCAAGCAGUCCGGCGAGUUCUUCGAAAAGGUACACGAUGAGUUCGGACGGCGAACCUACAGGCUCAAGCCCAUGGAGCAGUAUUCCAGGGAACACGGGACAAAGGAGCAGCCGAGUAAGAAAUACUUCACUGCCACCCGCUUGCCCGAUAUCAUCCGGAACUACCCUAUGCCGAGGAAGGGGAUGAAGCAGAACGAGGUUGACAGAGAAAUGGCCAAUCGAGAAGCCUUCAUCGACUUCGUUCACGGCCUCCUCAACAUCAACCCUCUCGAGCGGUGGUCGCCGCAACAGGCUCGAACUCAUCCAUUCAUCACGCAGGUGAAGUACACCGGCCCCUUUCAACCGCAGAUGAACCUCAAAUCCACCAAUCGAUCACCUGCCCCUGGCGUCCAACAGCAGCAGCAAGCCGAAGCGCUGUCCAAGCAACGCGCUCAGCAGCAGCAGGCACAGCAGCAACAGGCUGUUCAGGCUCAGCAAGCGUCAUACGGCAUGCAUAUGAAUCCUGGCUAUCCCACCACCCCUGUGGUUGCACAGCAACCCCAGCCGCCGAUGUAUGGAAAUAUGUACAGUCCAAACCCGGCGGGCGCACCCCCGCCUUAUCCUUCGCAGCCUUCUUCAGCUGCGGCCGCGGCAGCCUACGGCCAGCCUGUCCCGAUGAUUGCACAGCCUCCAUCUGCCGCAGCAGCAGCGGCGGCUGCCGCAGCGAUGCAUCCCUACGUUGCCCAGCACGCGCCCCAACAACCACCACAGUCUCUCCACGCGCAGGUGGUCGAUCGCAACGGACGGCAGAGGGCGAGCACCAUGGAUGGCAACGGCAUUCCACCCGCUUUGCAGCGAGUCGUCAGCCAUCUCGACCCGAACGCACCAAUCCGAUUGCAACCCAGCCCGGCAUACUACCCGCCACCAUUGGACGGGUCGGACGGGUCGAGCGUGGGCAAUAUCGGAGGGCGCAGGCGCACCAGCAGAGCAGCGCGACAGGGGCAACAGGACCGGAAUUUUGUGCGGGUGCUCGAGGAUCGGACGCUGGAGGAGGGCUGGUCAGGCAACGGGAACGGCGGAUGGCCUGGUGCUUGAACAUCAGAAGAAAUAGGAAAGAUGUCAGCGACGCGCACAUUGAUAGGAAGAGCCGGUGCCGGCCAGGACCAUCUCCCUACCCUUCUCGCACCUCUGGCUUUGCAAAAGAUGCGGGUCACGUUAAGGGCUGGAUGCCUGAGCGGAAUAAGGGAAGGCAACGGGAUAGCAAUGUCACCUUUCGGGCAGCAUCUGAGUGCAUCGUCACCAUCAUCUACGCGGCAUGUACUACAGCAUCCGGAGUCACGAGCGUUACAUGUUUGCAAGGCAACUGCACGGUUGUCGGUCGGAUAUGCUUUGCACGCUCGCGCUGCAGAAGUAUAAAGGGAAGGUGCUUUCAAGGCGUUCGUGUAGCGCAGAGAAGGGAAAGGGAGGAACGAGGUACAGGGGACAGCCAU